AUGCGAUCCUCGUGGCUCUCCACCGCUUCGGCCGCGUUUGUCUGCGCUGCGGCGCUUGCAAACGCCGCCAAGCUGCCGGCUCCUCUCGAGCAGAUCCACUACGACCAGGCCGGCAACCUCGUCUGGUCCGAAGACAGCGAUGUCUCCAAGCUCGUCCCUUCUCUGGGUCGACCCGACUUCUCCAGCCUCAACAUGGGCCCCUUCUCCGGUGAUGUCGCCCCCGCCAAGGAGGCUGUUGCGGAUGUCUUGUCCAAGACCAUGAAGCAGGCCGAGGAUGUUCUCACCUGGGCCGAACACGAGAUCGAGCGCAUCGAGCACAAGGUCCAGGAGGCCGUCGCUGGCACCAAGCAGGGCGUCAAGGACUGGAUUCACACUGGCAAGGUCAUCGUUGACGGUCUCGAGUUCGACCGUCUCACCCACCCUGCCUUCCCCGAGUACUCGCUCCGCCUUAACAAGCAGUCUGAGUCGUUCUGUGACAAGGAUGUCGUCCAGCACAGCGGAUACCUCGACAUUUCCGACUCCAAGCACCUGUGGUUCAUCUUCUUCGAGUCCCGCAGCAACCCCAAGGACGACCCUGUCGUGCUCUGGCUCAACGGCGGUCCCGGUUGCUCCUCGUCGACCGGUCUCCUCUUCGAGCUCGGCCCUUGCCGUGUCACCGACGAGGGCCGCUCGGUCAAGAACAACCCUCACUCGUGGAACAACAAGGCCAACCUGCUCUUCCUCGACCAGCCCGUCGAUGUCGGCUACUCGUACUCAGACAACGAUCAGGUCAACAACUCGCCCGCUGCGGCUGAGGAUGUCUACGCCUUCCUCCAGCUCUUCUUCACCAAGUUCCCCCAGUACUCCAAGCUGCCCUUCACCGCCUCGGGAGAAUCGUACGCCGGCACCUACCUGCCCAACAUUGCCUCGACCAUCUACAAGAAGAACCAGGCCCUUGCCGUCUCGCGAUACAGCAACCCUGAGCUCGCACCCAAGCACAUCAACCUCGACACGGUCAUGAUCGGCAAUGGCCUUAGCUCGCCUCAGUACCAGUUCCCCUCGGUCCCCGAGUACGCUUGCGGUGCUGACAACAAGUACGCCCUCUUCGAGCCCGAGAGCUCUACAUGCAAGACCCUCGAGCAGCAGGCGGCCACAUGCAAGUCGCUCAUCGACUCGUGCCAAAAGUACAACUCGCGUUUCACCUGCACUCCCGCCGCGCUGUACUGCUGGAGCCGUCUGUACGGCCCCGCUCAGGAGACGGGCAAGAACCUGUACGAUGUGCGCAAGGACUGCGACCGCGAGCGUGACGGUCCGCUGUGCUACAAGGACAUGGAGUACAUCGAGACGCUGCUCAACACGCCCAGCAUCAAGAAGAACCUGGGUGUGCCCGAGUCGGUGACGUUCCAGUCGUGCAACAUGAACAUCAACCAGGCCUUCCUGCUGCAGGGCGACUCGAUGCACGACUCGGCUGCGCUGCUGCCCGAGCUGAUCGAGGACAACAUCCGCGUGCUCAUCUACGCCGGUGAGGCCGACUUCAUGUGCAACUACAUGGGCAACCUCGAAUGGAUGCAGAACCUCGAGACGAGCUACCUCGACGACUUCAACAACGGCACCGCCAAGACCUGGACCGUCAACGGCAAGAAGGCCGGUGAGGUUCGUCAGGGAGGCAAGGGCGCGGGUGCUGUGACGUUUGUUCGCGUCGCCGAGGCUGGCCACAUGGUGCCGUACGACCAGCCCGAGGCGGCUUCGGAUAUGAUCAACCGCUGGUUGGCCAACAAGCCCAUUGCUUGA